AUGGUAUUCUUUUUAGCUGUGUCAACCAAAACUGCCCUUACGCUCGGUGCCAUCGUAGGCGGCACAGUGGCCAUUAUUGCCAACAAGGAGAAACUCAUGGAAAUCACUGCAGAUGUACUACAGAAAGGCGCUGAUUACUUACAUGAAGAGUUGAACAAGCGCAAGGUUAAGAUGGCCACCAUGAUGGAGGAUGGGGAACUUGAUUUUGGAGGCAAACAUCUGCUGUUCAGCAGUGAAGCCACCACGCCAGAAACUUCAGAUCAGGAGAGUGAAACUGAUGACGAAAUGGAUUCGGACACCUUCAGUGUGGAUUCUCUAAGGGUUGGAUCAUUUGAGAAUAUAAAGGAGAAGGAAGGGCUGCUUGUGUUUGAGCGAUUCACGGGAAGCAACUCGACACUUAUUGGGAAAAGCAAAGAUAAGGAUUUGGACGAUUUGGAUUUGGACUAG